AUGCGGGGGAUCCGCACGAUAGCGCUUGCGCGCACGCCGAGGCGCCUUACAGCACUGUCACCAUCUGCAAGCGCCAUGCGCGGAGCCGCGUCAGCCGCAAGAAUAGCGCUCGCGCGCGCGCCGACGCGCCCUGCAGCACUGUCAUCAUCGCGCAGAGCCGCGUCAAGCGAUGCCGACCGCCACCGCAGCACGAUCUUCGACCGGCGCAACGUCGAGUUUUUGUUGUGGGAGCAGCCCGCCUUCGCGGCGCAAGCCGGCGACCGCGAAACGCUUUCCGCGAUGUUGGACGCCGCCGAAGAUCUAGUCGAGAGCCACGCCUCCGCCGACGCCGUCGCCGACGCGCACGAGCCGACCUGGGACCCUGAAACAAACAUAGUUUCAAUCCCCGCCGAAACGCGAGCGUUCCUGGACGCGCAGCGCGAGGGCGGGUUCACGCUGCUCGGCGCUGAUAUAGAGGACGGCGGCCUCGGGCUCUCUCUAACCGCCUCGACGGCGGUCAACUCGAUCAUCUCGUGCGGCUUUACCUCUGGCCUGGGCGGCUUUUAUGCGUUGACGCACUGCGCCGCGAAUUUGAUCAAAGCCCACGGGACCACAGAACAAAAAGACACGUAUGUGCGACCAUUGGUCGAGGGUAGAUUUGGGGGCACGAUGGCCCUGUCCGAGGCGCAGAGCGGGUCUAGUCUGAGCAACCUCAAGGCGAAGGCGCGCCAUGUCAGUGGAGACGAGUACCGCCUGAGCGGCAGCAAGAUGUGGACCUCGGGUUUUGACCACGACUGCUUCGAGAACAUUGUGCAUCUAGUCCUGGCGAAGAUCGACGGCGACGACACGCCUCCGGGCAACCGGGGCAUCUCGCUCUUCAUCGUGCCCAAGGUACUGCCAGACGGGUCGCCGAACGACGUCGCGCUGAACGGCUUGAACCACAAGAUGGGCCAGCGCGCGCUACCGAACUCCUACUGGUCCAUGGAGGAGGGCUGCGUGGGCUACCUGGUCGGCGACGCCAAACAUGCGGGAUUGAUGCAGAUGUUCACGAUGAUGAAUGAUAUGAGGGUUGCCGUGGGCCUGCACGCGGCCUGCUGCGGGGUCCGAGGCUUCCAGGAGAGCCUGGCCUACGCGAAGGAGCGGAUCCAAGGUUCGGCGUUAGGUAGCAAAACUCAAGUCCCCAUCAUCGAGCACGCGGACGUCCGGCGCCAGCUCCUCGCGCAGAAGGCGCUGAGCGAGGGCGCGCUGCACUUAUGUUUUUUUGCCGCGUCACUGGUAGAUGACUCGAAGACAAAUGAGGAGGCCGCCACGUUGUUGGAGGUAUUGAUCCCGGUCGUCAAGGCCUGGCCCUCGGAGUUUGCAUUGGAGGCGAACAAGUGGGCCAUCCAGGUGCUCGGCGGCUACGGGUAUACGCGCGACUACCCGGUCGAAAGAUUAUAUAGAGACAACCGGCUGAACAUGAUUCACGAGGGAACAAAUGGGAUCCAGGCCCUCGAUUUAUUAGGGCGCAAAGCUGUGAUGAAGGACGGCGCGGCCACGAGAGCGCUCGCGACGGCGAUGAUGAGAGAUGUCCAUAUGAACGCAGACAUCUUGCCGGAUCUAGCCGCGGAUCUGGGUGAAGCCGUCGAGCGCUACGGCGCGACGACGGCUCUCCUUGGAAAGGAGCUAUCUCAGAAUCCGGCGCGGGCGCUGGCGAAUGCGCACGAGUAUUUGAAUAUGGUCGGCCACACGGUCGUGGCCUGGCUCUGGCUCCGCGAGGCGGCGGCCGCGCAGAAGGCGCUGCCCUCCGCGACGGGCGCGGACGUGCCCUUCUACGAGGGCAAAAUCGCGACGGCGCGCUACUUCUUCAGGCACGAGCUCGUCAAAACAAAGGCGCAGGCGGAUCUUCUGGCAUCGCUCGAGACGUCGGCGCUCGACGUUCGGCCGGGGCACUUUUAGGGUAUCUUUAUUAACGGUUUGUUGGUGGUCUUUCUUUGUGUUAGACCUACCGAGCUAGUGAUUUCCUCGGCGGCGGGACUCCUGUUACGGGUGCUAUUUCCUCGCACGACUCUAGCGCAGUAAAGACACUAGCAAGCAAAAAUGUCGUGUCUUUUUGGCCGCCGAUUGAGCCGAUAGAGAUCUUUAGAAGCAAGGCAAGACACGUCGUGACGCAGCAAAGUCACGUGUCUUGCGUAACGAGCCCUUUCUACGCGCUAACGCAGCGCUGCUCGACGUCUUGCAAGCGGUCGCCUCCGCAUACGGACAGCGCCGUCGCGCUGACGCCGGCGACGCGGCCGCAGCGAUGCGCGACACCCCCCGCGCGCGCAAGCUCCAAGAGCUCAUCAAACUUCUAUAUGGCGACAUAAGAGAAAAGGAGCUCCCGCGCAUCCUGUUCCUCUCGUCAUUACUAUGCUGCAUCAUCGGCGGUUUUUGGUUAUUGGAUUCGUUGAAGGACACGGUGCUGGCGACGACGGUCGGUUUAAGGUACCAGCCCAAGGCGAAAUUGAUAUCCGUCGUGGUCACGCUGUUUGUGGUCAGCGGCUACACGACGCUGGUAAGACGAAUACGGCACAAGCCCACGUUGUUUUAUUUAAUUGGAGGCGCCUACACGUUGAUCUUUAUUGUGAUCGGCGGGUUGCUGGCGCACGAGACGAUCGGCAUGCGAAAUACGACGCCGGACCCCCGUCGAUUGGUGGGGUGGUUCUCGUAUUUCGCCGUGGAGUCCUACGGGUCGUUGAUGGUCGCGCUGUUCUGGGCCUUCACGAACGCGUCCGUCGAUGCGGACACGGCGGAAAGUUCGUAUGGGUUGGUCGUGGCCUUCGCACAACUCGGAGCCGUCGGCGGCUCGGCUCUGGCGACGCAGGCACGCAGAUUACACAUCUCCUUCUUGUAUGUGCUCGGGGGCUGCUCCUGCGCGUUAGUGUGCGGCAUGGUGGCGUUAUUUGAGUACUACUUCGCCGAGGAGCCUCAAACAGAGGCGCGGCGCGUCGCGUCGGCCGUCGACGAGGAUGAUGAUGAGGAAGAGGAACCACCACCACCACCCGUAGAGAAGAAGGCGGGGCUCUUCGACGGCCUCGACUUGGUAUUGAGGCACUCCUACGUGUUUAAUUUACUGAUGAUCUCGACGCUGUAUGAAAUCGUGCUCACGGUUUUGGACUUUGAGAUGAAAAUUGUGGGACGAGCUAGAUAUGGGGCCGACGGCCGCGGCGCCGAAGAAUUCGCGCGGCUGAUGGGGCAGUUCGGCAUUUUAGUGAACUCCGUCUCGUUUCUGUUUUCGUUGGUACUGUUUUCGUACGUCGUGCGGUCGCUGGGCGUGCGCUCGACCUUACUGGUCUUUCCGGUAUUAUGUUUAGUUGCUACCUUGUUAGCGUACGGCUUCCCGUCGCUGUGGACGCUGUUUAUCGCCACGGCGCUACUCAAAGCCCUGACGUAUUCGCUCAACGAGCCUGCCCUAGAAAUGUUGUAUCUCCCGACAAGCAACGACAUCAAGUUCAAGGCCAAGGCCUGGAUUGAUGUGGUUGGGGCGCGGACCGCCAAGGCCCUCGGUAGCGCGAUCAACGACGCCGUCCAGGGGAACCCCGGCCUGCGGACGUCGCUGCCGCAGUACGGGAACGUGCCUACGUUCGUCGUAUCUCUGGCAUUGUUCGGCGUCGCAUUGAAUAUGGGCCGGCGCUACGACACCAUAAAGGAGAGCGGCACGAUCGUCGGCGAGGAGGACGCCACGCCGAGCGGCGGCUACGAGCUCGUCUCGACGGCGCCGCGGAACGAAGGGCCCUGGCGGCGGAAUUUGGAGCGCUUGGACUCGCUCGACGUCGACGACGACGAGGAGCUGGAAGAUCCGCGAUAG